GUUUGACUUCGCAACAGCAUCAAAUCCUUGGGCGGUAUGUCGGCCAGAUCAGCUCCCGAUCUCACGCUCCCAACCCGUAGUUACCGCUGCGCAGUUGCCUGUCAGGCUUGCCGACAACGCAAGGUUCGAUGCAGCUUGGCCGUUACGGGCAAGCCUUGCAUUGGCUGUACACAAGACCGGGCCGAGUGCAUUGUGGUCCCAAAGCAGCCAAGAAAAACUAAGAGAGCGUACCUACAAGCCAAUCGCCGCUGUGAUACAGGUUCUAUGCGGGGUUCUGAUGCUAUAAACCAUCCUUCUUCUGAUCACGAAUCGAAUCUUAGUGUUUCUUCAGCUCCUAUCGGCGACUCUGGAGAAGGUGGAGUGUGCAAUGAAGUUGAUGUUGAUACGCCGUCGCUGGAACAAUCCCAGAAAGCCAGAGCUACCACCGUUCGCAACGAAGAUGAAGGUGACAUUGAGAAUGAAGAGCAAAACGGGGUUGAGAUUGUGACAGCAGCAUUUGGGCAAUCUCGAGGAAAUGGUCAAGUACCUUUUUACAGUGGGAGCCAGACCGGACCCGCAUACACCUUGGAUAUUUGUUCGCCAGAGAAGCCAUUGUCAACACACUUUCUUAUCCCAUCACGCGCCCGGUCACCUCUCUCUAACGCGGACCGAAGCUAUCUUGAAGCGAAGGGAGUACUUACGCUUCCAAAAGCAAAAAGCUGUGAAAGUCUCCUUCGGGCCUACCUUCACCAUGUUCAUCCUAUUAUGCCAGUGAUUGAGGUUGAUCACAUCUUAGAAUAUCAGCACAAUGGGAGACUCCACGAAUACAAUAUCCUGUUACUCUGGAGUAUUUUUUCCGCUGCAGUCAAUUUUGUCUCUCCCGAAGUAUAUCAGCAGGAGGGAUAUAAAUCUCGAAAGGAAAUGAAGGCUUCAAUGUAUUCCCGCGCCAAAUGCAUGUAUACCAUAAGCGAGGAAACGGAUAAAAUUGUCCUUAUCCAGUCAUCUCUACUAAUGGGAUUCUGGAUUUCUGAACGCGAUGAAUACUUGCAGCCAUGGUACUGGACAGGAACCGCAAUCAAUCUUUGUCAGAUGCUGGGAUUGCAUCGUAAUCCAGAUUCUUCGAAGUUUAAUUGUGGCGUUACGGAUCGACAACGGUGCCUGUGGCGUAGGCUUUGGUGGAGCUCAUUCUAUCGAGACUGCUGGCUUGGGAUGAGUUUUGGAAGGCCACUACGGAUUAACCUCGUCGAUUGCGACGUGCCUACGCCAAUAGCCGCGGACCUACUAAUUGAUGUCCUAGGGAUCCCUGAAAAUACAUCCGUCGGCUUCCUUCCAAAUGAUUUGCCCAGGCUGGCCUCAUACUGGGUGACAUUAGUUGAACUGAGCAAGCAGCUGGGUGCUGUUAUUGCCAUGAAUUAUCCACCUCAAAGACCAAAACCAACCGUCCAACAGUUUGAGUCUGUCGAAUCAGAGAUUCUUAAGUGCACUUUACCUGGGCAGUACGACUCGGGGCUGACCAAUCUUGCACGAUUCCAUUCAUUCCAUGUUCAUUUGCAUUACCAAGCACUUCUGAUCUGUUUGUAUCGGCCUUAUGGAUCGAAAUCUCCAGCCGGUCUUGAUGCUGCUGAACAAGAAGAUUGGCAGCGUAGGAUGAGAUUGAAAGCUAGCAAUGCUGCAUCCGAAACCAACGAUAUCUUCAAUGCCCUCGCGGAAGAUGGUCUUCUUAUAUUUUCCGGGCCUAUGACACCCUCACUCUUGGCCGCAGCAAUGCAAACGCACAUGCAUUGUUACAAGUCCGCCGAUUCCCUAACAAAACGUCUGACGCUUCAUAAACUUGAGAUGUGCAUGCUCAUCAUGGAAGAACUUCAAAAAAUAUAUACUGUCGCUUCCCUUUACCGAGGGAUCUUCCUUAAGGCCCUGCAACAGAUCUGUCCCACAUACCAACCAAUGAUGUCUGCCGCUGACCAGACAGCCAACUCAACUCCAGAAAGCAAUUCUAAUAACAUGAAUCACAUCAGUGAGGCUGCUCUAAGUCAAUCAGCAGCAGGACCUUUCCACAGCAUCAACAAUAGCACUUUUUCCAUGAAUACUUCAGAACAUGAGACUGGGUUUCUCGGAGAUUUUAUGGGGUCACUAUUUGACGACACUUCAAUAUUCAGCUUUGGGGAUUUAUGGAAUGUAAUGUAACAAGUAGAAG